AGAAGGGAAUAGCGAUACACGAAAAAAUAAUAUCGUCGGCGAAACAAACAGAUGUGUACGAAAUGAAAUUACGUCACUAUGAUAUUUUGAGCGAUGUUUCAACCGAAAAUCAUUCGUAUAAUGUAUAUAUUCAUGAUUUUUGUUUUGCUCUCCCCUUCCUAAAAUUUGGAUUUCACUGAAUUUCGUUCAACGUUGAGAUUAUUUGUGUUUUGGCCUUCGAGCUGUCAACUACUCGCUGCCGAAUAUUCUGUCGCUUUGUAACGUUGCGUGAUUAAUUGGAAAUUAGUUAAAAAAGAAUUUUAUUUCGAACAUUAGCGAAAAAAAUAACAAUGGGUAAAGACAAAGAAGAAACUGAAUCGCAGUAUGGAUUCAAGAAUAAGGAAAAGGCUGAAGAAACAGUGAAACUAUUGGCUGAACAUGAUUUAAAAUAUCAAAAAUUGACGGUGCGUGGUCUGUUGGGUCGAGCAAAACGUGUGCUAACAUUGACAAAGGCUGAAGAUAAAAGAGCCAACAUUCAAGCAGCUAUCAAAGUGUUUGAAGAUUGGACUGAGAAAAAUGCAGGCUCAUCAAGUAGUUCAACGAAGAGCUCAAACUCAUCAGCCAAAGAAGAUAAAGAGAAACCUGAAACGGUGCCAGGUCUUGGAUUCAAAGACAAAGAAGCAGCUCAAAAGACUUUGAAAAUUCUUAAAGGACGUGACCCAAAUUACCAAAAAUUGGCCGUUAAAGGUUUAAUUGGGAAUUCAAAGCGCGUUCUACAAGCGACGAAGAAUGAAGAUAAGAUCAAGUCGAUUAAGGAAGGUGUGCAGAUACUAGAGGACUUUUUGGAAGAGUUUGAUCGUGAAAAUCGUGCUGCUGACAAUCUGGCCUACCUACCAUUUGACACUGUAUCCGCAUUUAAUAAACCAAAUAGCAAACUUGUUGCUGAAUUCGUCGAAGUUUACGGUGGAAAAGCCAAGGGACGCUAUGAGCAUUUGCGUACGUUGUAUCCAAAAGAUGAUGAUUCCAAGAGCUGGGAUAUUGUUCGAAAUGAACAUCUCGCCAAACUCAAGAAAAAAAUCAAGGAAAACAAAUCGAAACUAUUCAACGAUAAUGGUUCACCCACACAAGAACAUUUGGAUUUGAUUUAUUGGGCCUACAGUCCAAAUGCAGAUAAACUCAAGACAAACGCUGAAAAAACGAGCUCUCACAAGAGAAAGUCAACCAGUGACGACUCAUCGGCUCCAGAAAAGAAAAGACGUUAAUAAAUAGCUGCGGGUUUAUAUUAUUUUUUUUCUCUCGUAUGAAAUUCGUUUAACCAUAACUAAUACGAAAAAAAAAACAAAAACAAUAAAUAUAUCAACCAAAUUAAUCGUUUCAA